AUGCCCCCCAAAGGCGCAAAACCCACGAGUGACGAGCUUCUCGCCCAGUUCGACAAUCUGGGCCUUGAGAGCACAACGGAACCCUCGACGAAGCCCGCAGCCACCACCGCAAAUACCGCUCCCCCGUCCGAUGAGGAUAUCUUGGCCGAGCUGGGAUCCCUAGCAGCCCAGCGCCCUGCCAGCCGGGCUGGAACCCCGCGGACAUCGACAAAUGAGCCAAGGCCAUCAACGAAAUCGCCCAAACCGGCGACACCUGCUGGCCGGUCGAGUGAGGACAAGCCCGCGCCUCGAAAGUCCGGGGAGAGUGGCCGACACAACAAAGCCGCAGAUGCGCAACCCGCUCCUAGCAAGGAACUGCCAGCUGAGGAAAAGACAUCUUCUAGUGGUGGCGGAGGCUGGUGGGGAGGAAUUUUCGCAACUGCGACGGCGACUGCUUCUGCCGCUAUGAAGCAGGCUGAAGCUGCCGUCAAGGAAAUCCAACAGAAUGAAGAAGCUCUGAAGUGGGCGGAGCAGGUGAGAGGGAAUGUCGGUGCACUAAGAGACUUGGGCGGCGAGCUCCGCAGCAUGGCUAUACCUACAUUUACUUCGCUCAUCCACACGAUUGCACCCCCAAUCUCAUCACACGAGCGCCUUCAAAUCCACGUUACACACGACUUGUCAGGAUACCCCAGCCUUGACCCCCUUGUUUACGCGGUCUUCUCUCGUGUUAUGUCCCAGGUUGAAGGAGGCGAUCUGCUAGUCAUCCAGAGAGGCCAGGAAUCCGCGCCCAAGCGUGGGCAGGACAACAGCGCAUCAACCGCAGGCUGGCGUGAUGGUCCAUGGUGGCGCACUGUCACUCCAGGGAAUCCCCGCAGCAUUUCGGCCGUGCCCGGCCUCGUGGAGGCAACCAAGCUUUGCCGAGCCAGCGCAGAGGGGUACGCGGCUGAAUUCUACGCCUCUAGAGGCGGGGUUGAAGAAGCCGCGAAGCAAGCCACCCAAGUGCUCAGCGAGACCAACCCUGUCCGGAGCAGCGACAUUUUCCUCGCCAUCCAAGCCGUCGCCCAGACAACCUCAGCUGCUGACCUCUUCCAGGCUGGCCCAACAACGGAAAAGGCCGUGCCGCAGGGUGUAGUUGAUGUACCCGACGCACCAGAAGAAGAAAUUGCCUUCGCCCUCUACCUCCACGACCCUAUCCACGGCAUCGCCUUUCACGCAGUCUCACAGGCCAUUCCCCAGAAAUGGAUCAACUGGCUAGACGCCUCCUCAGCUCCUGCACAUGACCCUGAGUCUGAGUCUGCAGAUGGCCACGUGCCCCGUGCCGUAGUUCCGGAAGACAUUGCUGAAAUCGUCGAAGGUGGUGGCGUCGACCCUCGCGAAUGGGCGGCUGAAUGGAUUGAGGAGUCCAUAUCGCUUGCUAUUGGCGUCGUCGCGCAGCGCUACGUUGCACGCAGGAUGGGCGUGGGUGAGGCCGCUGCUUCAAAAGGCAAGAUGCGUGCUGAGCAGGCAUCUGUUGUGGAGAGUGGAGCCGGGGAAGCUGCCCGGGCGCUGUGA